AUGUACUCGUACAGCCCGAGCCCGUCACCCGCACCCGCGUCCCCGCCGCCCAACUCGCACCUCUACUCGCCCAGUAACCAGGGGCAGCAGGGCGCGCAGGGGGCGCAGCAGUAUCCAGGGGCCAGGUACUCGCUCAUCAACAAGCUCCAGCAGCAGCACCACGCACACUACCCGCAAGGCCCGCACCACCACCACCCCUCUCACUCGUUCUCCUUCCCCGGCCCUCCCGGCUCUCCCGCCUACUCGAACGGUCCAGGACACCAGCAACAACCUCACCACGCUGCCUCACUCCCUCCGCACUCCCACCACCCCGCAAACGGCGGCGGGCCUCCUCCCCAACUCGGCGGCCCUCACAACCCUCACCAGCCCCCACCGCCGCCGCCUCACCACCUCACGAGCCAGUCUGCCCCCGCUGGAUCCCCUCAUCCUUCUUCCGCAGCGAACGGUGGCCCGCUCCCGCCUCACUGGGCCCAGCAGCUCAGUCUCGCGCAGACGAGUCGCGCGACCAACUCGCCUCAUCACCAUGCCCGCGCCGCUCACCUCGCCGCGAGGGCUCAGACGACCUCGUCUGCGAUCCCUAUCACCGACCCGAACCGACCGGGGAGCGUCAUCUUGGGGUCAAAGGCGAACGGGCUGCAGCACCGGAAAGAUGCGAGUCUCGAGGAGCGGAGUUCGUCGGUUGCGUCGAACCGGACAGGCGGGUCGAAGGAUGUCGGAGGAGCGAGUCCGAAGGCGGCGAGUGCGGAGGGAGUGCCGAGCAGCGCAAAGGAGAAGGACGGGAAGAACACAUGGACGACGAUUGACAUGGGCGGAAUGAACCUGAAGAACCUCUCCUCGGCCCUGUUCCGAUACGACUUCCUCACGACCCUGUACAUCCCUCACAACGCCCUCACCGAGCUGCCCGCAGCCAUCUGCAAGCUCGCCAACCUCACCCUCCUUGACGCCUCGUCCAACAAGCUCUCCUCGCUCCCGCCCGAACUCGGCCUCCUCACCCGCCUCCGCGACCUGUUCCUCUUCGACAACCACCUCACGAACCUCCCUCCACAACUCGGCACGCUCCACCUCCUCGAGACGCUCGGAAUCGAGGGCAACCCGCUCCCCGACACCCUCCGGUCCCUCAUCGAGAAGGACGGCACGUCGUCCCUCAUCGCCUACCUGCGCGACUCGUGCCCCGUCCCGCCUCCGCCACCCGAGCGUGCGUGGCUCACGAUCGAGCCCGACUCGCUCCCCCAGCUCGACAAGCGGCCCGAAGAGACGUUCUCGCUCUUGUGCUACAACAUUCUGUGCGACAAGUACGCGACGAGCCAGAUGUACGGCUACACGCCUUCGUGGGCGCUCAACUGGGAGUACCGCAAGGAGCUCAUCCUGCAGGAAGUGCUCAACUACGGCUCGGACAUUGUCUGCCUGCAAGAGGUCGACGUCGAGCAGUACGAGACCUACUUCCUCGAGCACCUCUCGGCCAACGAGUACGACGGCGUGCACUACUCCAAGUCGCGCGCGCGGACAAUGUCGGGCGACGAGAAGCGCCAGGUCGACGGCUGCGCGACCUUCUUCAAGAACACGGUGUUUGCGCUCGUCGAGCAGCACCUGAUUGAGUUCAACCAGAUCGCGCUCCGACGACCCGACUUCAAGAAGACCGAGGACAUGUUCAACCGCGUCAUGACCAAGGACAACAUCGCCGUCGUGACGCUCCUCGAGCACCGCGCGUCCGGCGCCCGCCUCAUGGUCGCGAACGCUCACAUCCACUGGGACCCCGAGUUCCGCGACGUCAAGCUCGUCCAGGUCGCUAUGCUCAUGGAGGAGCUUAACAAGAUCGCGAGCGACUUUAGCCGGCUGCCCGCCCGCAUGAAUCUCGGCGAGGGGUACGACAAGGCGCCGCACUACGCGAGCGGGAACAAGAUUCCGCUCAUCGUCUGCGGCGACUUCAACUCGGAGCCGUCGUCGGGCGUGUACGAGUUUCUCAAUGCGGGCCGGGUCGAGCGCGACCAUGCCGACUUCAUGGACCACACGUACGGCGAGUACUCGACGACCGGCGCCAAGCACGCGUUCGACCUCAAGUCGGCGUACUCGCACGUCGGAUCGAACGGCCACUUUGAGCUGCCUUUCACGAACUACACGCCGGGCUUCAAGGGCACGAUCGACUACAUCUGGUACUCGCAGCGGUCACUCGGGGUGCAGGGUCUGCUCGGCGAGCUCGAUUCGAACUACCUCGCAUCUACCGUCGGCCUGCCCAACUGCCACUUCCCCUCCGACCACAUCUCGCUGCUCGCCGAGUUCAAGAUCAAGCAAUAG